AUGCUCGUGAAGGCUCCGCUUCCGACUGCUGAGGAGCUGCCGCAGGCCAAGGGCGCAGCGCACACGGUUGGGAGCAGCACGCCCACCGAUGUGCAGGAUACAGACCGUGCACUGGACCUGGAGAACCUGAACCUGGACUCCAACACGGAAGUGUCUCUGAUAGCCGCGGACUUGCCCCCAGAAAGCGACGAGGGUAACACGGAGUACAAGCGGCAGCUGGUGCAGCCGUCACCCCAACGUUUCGCAGAGCUGGUGACACAACUCAAGUACCGCAUGGCAGCGGGGCACGGGGAAGCUAUGUACCAGCUAGGGUACGACGAUGACGGACGCGCACGUGGUGUUCCAGAGGACGUUUUGGAGGCCUCAAUUGAGACCGUGGAACGCAUGGCUGCAGAGCUCCGAGCAGACGCCACCGUGUGGCGACGGGCUCGCGGACGCGACGGCUGGGUCGCACAGCUGCUCAUUCGAGCGCGACCGCGAAGCUGCGAAGAGUUUACGGAUACUCGUAUUUGUGUAUCUGGCAAUGUGGACGCGGGCAAGUCCUCUCUUCUCGGUGUAUUGUGCGGAACCGGCCAACUCGAUAACGGACGAGGUCUGGCACGAGCGCAGGUCCUGACACAUAAACACGAGCUGGAGAGCGGGCGCACCUCGGCGAUUAGCAUGCAGCUCAUGGGAUUCGACAGCGCCGGUCAUGUGGUGAACUACACGAACGUUACCACGAAUCGCCAGCUAUCCUGGGCUGAGAUCGUCACAAAUUCAUCCAAACUAAUCACGUUUUGUGAUCUCGCCGGGCACGAAAAGUACCUCAAAACGACAAUGUUCGGCCUAACGGCACAUGCACCAGACUAUUGUAUGAUGGUCGUUGCCUUGAAUCAAGGCGUGCUGCGAAUGACCCAGGAACACUUUGCUAUAGCACUUGCGCUCAAGAUUCCAGUUUUUGUUGUUUUCUCCAAGAGUGACCUGGCACCUGCCAACGUUGCCGAGCAUACCAUCAGCGUCAUGACGCGUAUGCUCAAGUCGAGCGGUGCUCGCAAAAUCCCCGUCCUGGUGAACUCCCUGGAUGAGGUGAGCAUCUGCGCGCGAAAUAUCCCGAACGACCGCAUGGUACCGAUGUUUGUGGUCAGCAAUGUUACCGGAGCCGGACUCGAUCUACUGCGAGCGUUUCUGAACCUGUUGCCAUGGCGUCACGACUGGAACGAGCGGAAGAAGAGCGCUUUUGCCGAGUUCACCGUCGAUGAUCACUUCAGCGUACCAGGAGUUGGCACAGUUGUUUCGGGCGUGUGCCUGCGCGGUGUUCUCCAGCAGGGACAGAGCGUUUUUCUGGGACCCGAUCGACAUGGUCAUUUCGCGCGCAUUGCGAUCAAGUCCAUCCACUACAAAAGGGUCCCUGUGCAGCGACUAUAUGCCGGUCAGUCGGGAUCGUUGGCGCUCAAGAAAAUUCGCCGUGAGCGUGUUCGCAAAGGCAUGGUGGUGCUGAGCACCGCUGGCUUCUCCAACGGAGCCAAGUCGGGGUCGUCACCGGCAGCGUCCGGAAACGGGAAUACGCCGACGACGCCCGUAUCUGUCAUCGAGUUCGAAGCGGAUGUUGCGCUCAUGUACCACAGCACGAGCGUCCGGGCGGGCUACCAACCGAUCGUUCACUGCAGUACGAUCCGGCAGGCCGCCCAGGUGACCUGGAUGGAUCGCGACGUGGUGCGCAUGGGUGAGCGUGCACGCGCUCAGUUUCGCUUCCUCUACCGCCCUGAAUGGCUCCGGGUCGGUGAUCGUUUCUGUUUUCGUGAAGGAAGGACCAAAGGUAUUGGUCAUGUGACGCGCCUUGUGGAGUGCUGGACUCGUGACCUCAUCACGAUAAAUUGA